AUGUUUCAAAAAAAGAAGCAAACAGCAGCGACUACUGAUCAUAAAGUACAACAACUGAAGAUUUCUGGUCGAACAGAAGCUGUAGCUUCAUCUGCUCAACAGCGUAUCUACAUGCAUGAAAAUCUUUAUUUUAGUGGUUCCGAUUUUUCUGUCUACAAUAGUCUGAUUCCAUUGCAGAUCAAACGAGGUUCAGUGUCAAUAGAACAUAUUCGUUCAUCCUUAGUAUCAAUGAUUCGGCAGCAUACAGUUUUUCGCACUGCCAUUCGUUUCAAUCCAAUGAAUAAUCAAAUUGAACAAUACAUUCAACCGCUCACCGACGAGAUCUAUUCAUUUGAACAUUCACGAGGUGUUUCCAUAUUGGAACAACUAGAUCGUCUAUUAACGAACGAAUCAAUUGGAAAACAUUUCAAUGUUGAAAACGGAAAAGUUUUACGAUGCCAUGUGAUGCAACGAUCUGCUGAGCGUUAUGAUGAAUUACUACACGAAGGUGAUCUUAUUAUUUUUGUGAUUCACCAUAUAGCAUUUGAUCUCAGCUCUAGCAAACCAUUUCUAAAAGCCUUUGAGCGAGCAUGCUGGGCGACUGAAUAUCAGCGAUCAGUGUUAAAUAUUCCACAAUAUAUUGACUUUGCAUUGUACGAACAGGCACUGCUAGCCGACACAAACGCAGAGUCAAAAAUGAACAAGGCUCGUCGGUUUUGGGCUAAUCUUAUGCAUGGAUACAACUGGGAUAAAAUACGAUAUUUGGUGCCCAAUGAAGAUCAAACUGAUCGACUUCAUUCUGGCCGUGGUUAUAAAACUGCAUUUAUUAUUAAUCAAGAUGUAGUUGAUGCAAUGAUGUUAUUUGCUUCAACCAACAACGUGACAAUGUUUUCAUUGUCGCUUGCCUGUUAUUAUGUAUUUUUAUUUAAACUAACCAAUCAUACUAAUGACUUGUGUGUAGUAAGCAGUGCAGCUAAUCGGUCUGAGAAAAAGUUACAAGAUAUGAUUGGUAUAUUUAUCAAUCUUCUAUUAUAUCGAAUCAAAAUUGACCCAACUGAUACAUUUAAACAUCUUGUGCAACAAGUACAACAACUAAGCAAUGAAAUUCUCAUACAUAGUUCUUUACCUCAUCAACAGAUUAUUGAUUUGCAAGGCAAACGAGAACAUCAUGUAUUACCUUCAACGUUUUUUCAAUAUGAAUCCUUGAUUUCAUCGAUGGUACAGAAAAACACAAUCGAAAUAUCUCUGAGCGAAGGUUCGUUUGUAAGUUCCUACUGUGAUCGAGAUCUAAAUCGCGAAGACGGUAUAUCACGAUUCGAUAUGUCUCUUACAAUUAUCCAUGACCAUCAUACGCGAAGUACAGAAUGUUUUCUGAAUUGUUCGGCUGAUAUAUUUAAACAUCAAGAUGAUGUCGAUCUACUAUCAAAGCGUUUCCAGCAUAUUCUUACGCAACUCUUUUCAGUUCCGAUGCUUCAAGAAUCCAUCCAAAAACUAACUAUCGUUCUUCCUAGCGAGCAAAAACCAUUGUCAGAAUCGAACAGUACACAGAUACAUCUGUCUAAUCCAAGUAAAUCCACGAUUUAUAAAAGUUCAGCCGUCUACCAGCAAAUGUCGAUGUCCGAAGCGAGUAUAUUCUGGCUUAAUGCUCUUCAUGAUUGUAAACUCGAUCAGCCUUUAUCAUUACCAUUUGAUCGAUAUCGUCUCUCAAAUGAGCAUCAAACUUGUCAAAUAACAUCUAUUUCAUUUGAUUUUGGUCAAGAUCUGUCACAUGACUUUCUUAUUCAUGCAUCAUUAAAUAACAUCUCCCUUGGACAUCUCAUAUUUGCUAUUUAUUUCGUCUUUCUAUUUAAACUAACUAAUGGACAAACAGAUUUAUGUCUGGCUAUGAACAUCAAUAAUCGAUAUAGACAUGAACUCAAAUUAAUCAUUGGACUGUUUGAGAAUGUCAUUCCAUUACGAUGUCAACUAGAUCCUCAUUGGUAUUUUCAUCAAUUACUCGAACAUGUUCGAGAGAUAACAACAAAUAGUAUGAAAUAUUCAUAUUUUCCACUUCAACGUAUUCUCAAUCAACAUCCACACAUUUCCAAACAUGCAUUUUUGGAUACAUCACUAGAAUUUCUAUUAUACGAGAAUAAUACUACAGUGAUGAUUGGUGAUUCUCAACUUCUUCCAGGAACUUCCCCAUCCAACACUAAUGAAGAUGAAAUACUAAGUGCAUCCGACUUCUCUCUUUCUAUUUAUCAUGAUUUGAACAUGAAUCAACUAUCAUGCACAAUCAAUGCAUCACUUGACUUAUUCAACAUAGAGACAGUGGAAAAGAUUUCACAACAAUUUCAUUCCAUCUUACAUCAAUUAUCUGCAUCUAUUAUUGAUAAUGAAAUGAACAAACCAAUCUAUGAAUUAUCACUGAUAUUAUCAAAUGAACAAUAUCUAAUGCAAUCAUUGAACAAUACACAAAUAUCAUUUCCAUCUGCUCUCACUUGUAUUCAUCAUAAAUUUGUAUAUCAAGUAAUGAAAUAUCCACAGAAACUAGCAGUUGAACUAGAUGAACAAUCUUUGACAUAUGCUGAGCUUUUUGCUUAUGUCCAGAUGCUAGCUGUCCAUCUUGUAGAUCAAUAUGAUAUCAUCCCAAGUGAAGUUAUUUCGCAAUGUGUGGAGCGAAGUCUAUCUAUGGUCAUUGGUAUGAUGGCAAUUGAGAUGGCUGGUGGUGCAUAUUUUCCAUUGUCAUCUCGGGAUCCAGAAAAUCGUUUGCAUAUGCUUUUGCAACAAACACAAAGUCGUCUUGUUCUUUCCCAUUAUCUGACAAAAAAUAAAUUUAACGAUAUUAUCCCUUUAUUAGACAUUGAUUCUAUGUUGGUCAAUAAUCAUUUAUUUCAACAUACUGAUAUUGAUCAAUUAUCAUCUAUUCAUGUGACUAUCGAUAGCAUAGCCUACAUUAUAUUUACAAGUGGUACGACAGGAAUACCGAAAGGGAUUCGAGUUCGACAUAGAAAUUUCGUUCAAUGUAUCUAUUCGUUGAUGUACAUUGAUUCAUUUACUAACAAUGAUACAGUGAUUCAAAUGGCUAGAUGUUCAUUUGACAAUCAUAUUCAAGAAAUUAUUGGUUCAUUGAUAAUUGGAGCUGCAAUAAUCAUGCUUCGACCGAGAGGAACUGUGGAAUUGAAUUAUGUUGCUGAAAUCAUGAGAAACAAACAAGUUACUUACAUGCACUCUGUACCAAGUUUACUUCGCAACCUUUUCACUUUUCUCAAACAGAAUAAUUAUUUGCAUUUCAUAAAAUACCUUAGAUCACUUUGUACCGUCGGUGAGCCAUGUUCUAUCAAGUUAGUCAAUUUAAUACUCACUGAUCCUACACAGCAUUUUACAUUUUGGAAUUUAUAUGGUGUAACUGAAAUUACUGUUGCUUCCACUUUUUAUCCCUUAAACAUGAUAGUCAAUAUCGACAAUAUUCCAGUAGGCGGUCCAUUGCCUAAUUAUCGACAUUUGCUUUUGGAUAAUUUCUUACAAUCUGUCAUUAUUAAUCAAGAAGGUGAAAUGUUUAUAGGAGGUGUAGGUGUUUUCGCUGGUUAUCUUGAACGUGAUGAUUUGACAGAGAGAGCACUCGUCGAGAUCGAUGGUGAGAUAUUCGAUCAAACCGGUGAUCUUGUCCGAAUGGAUCAUAACGGACUUCUUCAUUUUGUUGGUCGAAAAGAUUUUCAAAUUAAAUUACACGGACAACGAAUUGAACUUGGUGAAAUCGAAAGAUGUUUACUUACCAUUACAUAUAUUUCUGCUUGCGUUGUCAUGAAAUGGAAUGAUGAUUAUUUAGUUGCGUAUGUUCAAUCACCUCAUAUUAAUGAACAGGAAUUGCGUGAACAUUGUCAGUCUCAUCUUCCACCACAUAUGGUUCCAUCAAUAUUUAUUAUACUUGAUAAAUUACCACUGAAUCCAAAUGGAAAAAUAGAUCGAAAACUUCUUCCGCCACCUCACUUCUCCUCUAUACAUCUCACAAACAGUAUAGAACUAUUACUACCAACAAAUGAUAUUGAAAUUAGUACUCAUCAUAUUUGGUGUGAGAUAUUUAAACAAAAUCAGAUCUCAACUGAUACAAAUAUAUUUACUAUUGGUGGUCAUUCACUACUUAUAAUGCAACUGUUUCAUCGAUACAAGAUCGAAUUUCAUUUAGAAACAAAUACUCUUUCUAUUUCAAAUCUAUUUCAACAUCCAACAAUUAUUCAUCAUGCUCAACUCAUUCAACAAUCUGUCAACAUCAUUCACACUUUGGAUGAUUAUCCUUGGUCUUCAUUACAUCUUACUCAAGGUAAGCGAAAUAACUUGUACUUGAGCUUAUCAUAA